AUGGACGAUAGUUCGUACGCUCCACGCUCCCCGGACCUCUCCGCCUACCACUCGUCUGCCUCAUUCGCGCAAGACUCUGCGGCGGCCGCUGCAUCCGCAUUUAUUCCGCAGCAGCAGCAGCAGCAACAACCGCAGCAACACCGCUACUCCCAGCAUCAUAAUCAUCACCAUCAACAACCACUUCCUCACCAAGCCUUUCAUCAGCCUUACCAAUACCAACAGCAGCAACAACAGCAGCCGCCACAAUACCAAAUCUACGAUCCGUCAUCAGCCAUAUAUACACCCGCGCCUGCGCAUUCUGCACAUCGUCAUCAGUCUGGGCCCCAAUUCCAAGCCUCCUCAUCACACGACCCUUCAUUUUCUCAUCAUCCUCACAUGGCUGCGGGCAACGGACACGGCAAUGCCGACUGGCUCCCUUCCGGACCAGGCCGCCGCUCACGACGAGCUGGGGCCGGCGCUGGCGCUGGCGUCGGUGCAGCAAGUAAUGCGAAUUCCACAGCUCUCGUCACCGGUGCCGCCGCCCUGCCAGGUUUCGAAAACGUCGAAGUGAAGACAAAGUUCCCCGUCGCGCGCAUCAAGCGGAUCAUGCAAGCAGACGAAGACGUUGGCAAAGUCGCACAAGUCACGCCUGUUGUAGUUUCAAAAGCACUCGAACUCUUCAUGAUAUCGCUCGUCGUCAAAGCCGCAUCCGAAGCACGCGGCCGCUCAUCAAAACGCAUCACCGCCGCACACCUCAAGGCCGCCGUGGCCAAGGACGAACAAUUCGACUUCCUCAACACAAUUAUUGAAAAGGUCCCCGACGGGCCAGCGGCCAGUGACUCUGCCAAAGGCGGUGGAGGUGGCGGCGGCGAUGACGACGAAGGGGCAUCUGGCGGUGGUGGAGCUGCUGCUGCUGCAGAGCCCGGCCGACGAAGACGAGGCGGUGGAAGCACAAGCGGCGCUGCUGGAGGCGGCGGCGGUGGCGGAAGGAAAAAGAGAAGAGACAGCGAUGAUUUCUGA